CAAAGAAGGGGUAAUCUCAACAUGGAAAACCUCUACAAAGAAAAGGAAGGAAAUCUAGGAGACGAAGGAAACCAGAAAAAUGAGAGCAAGCCAAAAGAUGAAGUAAACACAGAAGAAAAAGGAAAAUCAGAAGAGGAAGAAAAGCGUGAAGCCGAAGGGAAGGUAGAUGAUGGAGGAGAACCAGGUGAUGAGGGACAAUCUAAGGGAAAGAAAGAGGAGCAGGGGGAGACAGGGGCCACCAUGGGGGAACCCCAAGGUGAAGGCCAGCUGAAGCCUGAGGGAAAGCCAGAGGGUGAGCCAGAGAGGGCUGCCAAAAAGCGCCCUGCUGAAGAUUAUGUGCCCCGGAAAGCAAAAAGAAAAACGGACAGGGGGACAGAGGAUUCCCCCAGGGACUAUCCAGAGGACUCACGCGAAAGACAUUUGAGCAGUGAGGAGAUGCUGAGGGAGUGUGGUGAUAUGUCAAAGGGUCAGGAGGAGCUAAGGAAAAAACAGAAAAUGGGUGGUUUUCAUUGGAUGCAAAGAGAUGUCCAGGAUCCAUUCCCCCCAAGGGGACAGCGAGGAGUUAGAGGAGUGAGGGGUGGAGGGAGAGGGCAGAAGAACUUAGAAGAUGUUCCAUACCUUUAA